AUGUUGAAACAACAUAUUUAUGAUCGAUUAAAAGUUAAUAUUAAUCCUUCAAAAGAUCAUCAGUUAUCGUUUGUUAAUGAUAAGACGCGAACGGAGCAAUUUUCUUCCAUUAAGUCUUCAUCCAUCGAAAUUAAUUGCUCAUUAUCAUCAUCUUUUUUCAUCGCUAUGGCGAGAAAAAUAAUUAAAUCUCCAUCAAACUUUCGUGGUGCAAAAGACGAUGUUAUUGAAUGACAAGGUAGAUUUGUCCAGCAGAUUGGAUUUAUUCAUAGUAAUAUUAUUCAAUUAAUCGAUGAAGCAUCACUUUUUGGAAAAGAUAAUGUACGAGUAGAACAUCUUCGACAUGCUGGUGCUAGUCAUUAUUUGCCAAGUCAAUCACCACCACCACAUAAUCGUGUUAAGGAUGAUUUUCCAAAUGAAUCAACAACAGUUGACCAUGAUAAUUAUACUUCUGCUAUUCAAACUACAGCAGAUACUAGUCCUAAUUAUGGUAUUUUAAUUACACCACCACCACCACUACCAACGCAUUCUACUAAUUAUGAUUUUUCAAAGAAUCCAUCAACAACAACAAGUGAUCCUAUUCAUGAUGAUGAUUUUCCACCUGAAACAUAA